GCCAGCGGAUAAGAACACGCCAUUUACCAGGCAGGGUAAAAAUGUAAAUAAACCUGCAGCCACCAAAUUGGACCAGACAACGGAGAAAGUUUUAAAAGACGAAGAUAUAAAGCUUUGGGUUUUUUAGACGGAUGGAAGGAAAAGACAGGGCAGCGUAGACUCAGGGCAACCGUCCGUAGACAGCAAAGGAAAGGACUCGAGAUUAUAUGGAUACAGAGGUACCGUGCAAAGAGGUGUCUGAGGAGGUGGCGCGAGAGUCUCUCAUCGCCAUAUCGUAUUCUGUGCCAGACAAAGAUCUGGACAACUCUUAUGCUGACACCGAUUCCGAAGCUCUGAGCAGCAGCAACAAAGAUGGAGUGGCAGCAGAUAUGAGCAAUGGUGGAGGGGUUGAUAAGUACAUGUCUGAACUGAUCUCUAUUUCUGACUACCAGUCACCGGAUUCUCCUGCAACUUCUCCCAGAAGGAGAGCAUAAGGAUGGUUGAGAGGCAAGGACUAACUAUUAGUGUGGUGUAAAACUGUGUUGUUUCUGUUUUUUUUUCUUCUUUUGUCUUGUGUCUGUGAAAUGGUUGUAGCUGUACAGCCACUGGUUAUGAUAUGCGAUCAUCAAUGGCAUUGAGAAAGUGGACUAUUGUUAUUGGUCAUUGCCAUGGAAAUGUUGGGAGGCAUUGUUGUGAAUUGUGGAUGGGGUUAUAUACAAGAUCUAGCUUGUAUCUGUGUUUAGGAAUGUUGGCGGAAUUAGAAUGGAUGCUUUCUUCUUCCAGCAAUUGGAUUUGGAAGGGAUGGUCUCGGUUGGUUGGGCAUCAGUUGCUGCUGAAUAUGGCCUUCUGUGCUUAUCGAAUGUUCUGUAGGAAACUAAUGGUGGUUCGUACAGAUGGAAUCGAACGCAGCAACAUGAAGACUAAUGAACGAUGGCCUAGUCUCUGCUUGUUGUUUUCUGUACACAAACCAACAUUUGCUGCUUCUAUUCUGUAUAUAAGUUUUUCGCUGCUUGUCUUCUGUACAUAGAUAUA